AUGAGAACGCCCUCGUGCGCCACCACCGCCGCGGCGCUCGCAUCCGCUGCCCUUUUGUUUUUCGGCAGCGCGAGCGCGCAGACCAACCCCGCCCUAGGGAGGUCUGUCGACAUUGACUUUUCCGAGCAGUCCGACAGCUUCACGUCCAGUGGUCCCGUGUCCUACGGCUCCGAUGGCGCCUCUUUCACCAUCACCAAAUCAGGCGACUCGCCUAAGAUCGAGUCCAAAUGGUACAUCAUGUUCGGAAAGGUCGAGUUCUCUCUGAAGGCUUCGCCCGGCGCCGGAAUCGUCAGCUCCGCCAUCCUGCAGUCCGACGACCUCGACGAGAUAGAUUGGGAGUGGCUGGGCUCGGACGCCGACGAGGUGCAGACCAACUACUUUGGCAAGGGCCAGACGACCACGUACAACCGCGGCGCUUUCCACUCGGACCCUGGCAGCCAGACCGGCUUCAAGACGUACACGAUCGAAUGGACUGCCGAGGAGCUGGUGUGGCAGAUUGACGGCGUAACCGUCCGCGCGCUGAAGCCGGCUGAUGCCAGCGGCCAGUACCCGCAGACGCCCAUGCAGAUCAAGAUCGGAUCUUGGGCUGGCGGAGACCCUGACCUUAACUCUGCUGGCACCGUUGAGUGGGCGCGUGGGCCUACGGACUACUCGCAGGGACCGUUCGUCAUGCAGCUCAAGUCCCUCGCCGUCACCGACUACUCGACCGGCACCCAGUACAAGUACGGCGACAGCAGCGGCACCUGGGAAUCCAUCGUGGCCGUCGACGGCACCGUCCACUCUGGCGGCAGCGAGGUCGACAGCGCCGCCCCGGCCGUGACUUCGAGCUCCAGCGGACAACCGAUCCCCUGGUCAGGCACGCACGACUCGUCGUCCACCUAUGUCAGGCCGUCAGUAUAUCCGUGGGUUCCCGAGUCAACCACGCUCUCGACGUCGACUCAGGUGGCCACCAGCUACCCAGGCCUCCCAAGCGGUUGGACCGUGACAAGUUCCGGCAAGGUCGUUCCGCCCAGCUCGGCCCCUGUGCUCGACAUCCCCACCCGCUUCGCCUACCUCGUCGUCUGCAGCGUCUCGGCCGGAUUCCUCAUCGGCUGGAGACAUUGA